AUGUGGGACUCAGACGAGGACGAAGAGACACUGCAGUCCGUUACCGAGCGCUUCCUGGCGUUCAGCAAAGGUCCUAGGUGGGACGAGAUGGAUGAGAAACUGCCGACACGAUCAGACGCUGCUGGGAAGCCUGCAGGCCUGCCAGAAUCAGAUCCAGUCUCUGUUCAGCUGGAUCUCGAGAAGCCGGAUACUGAGCAGACCCCAGCACCACCAACAGCAUCGCAAGACUCUCAGUCAGAGGGAGAAGAGGACAUGCCCAAGCCCAUGGCCCCAUACGACCGCUGGCUCAUGGUAAUCUACGGCUCCACGGCGCUCUCGUAUGUCAUUCGAGGCGUAGCUCUCAUGUGCCUCUUUAUCGCCUACGACAAAACUGAUAGUCUUCCUAUCAACGUCUGCACCGACAAGGGUCCUGCGGUCUUGUUGGCCUACCUGCUCGGGCUCCCUUUUUUCGUGCUAGGGCUGAGGAUCAUGCAGACGCUCACGGAGUGCGAGAGGUUGUGGCCUGAUUUCCCGGCAGUGCAUUUGGCGCUACCGUUUACGAUAGGAGGGAUUUGUUUUGCGAGUUGGGCGCUUGUGAGCUCUUGUAGUGGGUGA